AUUAUAUCAUAUUCGAACGUUUGUGAAUGCAUUCUUCAAAAUGUACAUGUGGAUUUUAAGUGUUCUUUUUGUCGUCUGCUACGCUGUCCCGGGCUCGGUGCACGGUAUAUCGCCGUUUGACACACGACCCCACUAUCAAAGAUGCGAGAGAAUUACUAUCCCGAUGUGUUUGGAUAUGAAAUAUAAUUUAACUCGCAUGCCAAAUCUCGUCGGACAUUCGAAUCAGAAAGAUGCAGCUAUUCAAAUCCAUCAGUUUCUACCACUAGUACAACUAAGCUGUUCGAGACUGUUGCGUUUUUUCCUGUGUUCACUGUUCGCCCCCAUGUGUACGGAGAUGGGGGACGAGACCUUUAUCAUACCUGUUUGUCGCUCCAUGUGUAUUGAGGUUCGGACCAAGUGUGAGCCUUUACUGAGCAGAUUCAGCUUCGAGUGGCCACCGAUGCUUGACUGCUCUAAACUGCCCAACAAGGACGAUCGGACAUCUAUAAAUUUGUGCAUGGAGGCUCCAAAUGUCACCUCAGAUCACGAAUUUGAUUCGGGAAUGUUUGGGUCGGAAGCUCAGAGGAAAAACAUUCGAGUCACUAAGCCUCCGCCGUAUCAGUGUCCCGACCGAUACGUGCACGUGGAGAAGAUCGACAAGAACAACUCGUGUGCUCCCAAGUGCAACAUUGACGUUUUCUUCCGCCAAGAGGACAAGCGAUUUGCUGAAAUUUGGACUAUUGUCUGGGCUUCUUUCUGUUGUCUAUCAACGGUCAUGACAUUCCUUACAUUUGUCAUCGACACCAGCCGAUUUAAAUACCCCGAGAGGCCCAUCAUAUUCCUAUCCAUGUGUUAUGCUAUAUACUCCAUGGCGUUUAUGAUCCGUGCUAUCACCGGUCCUAAUGCUAUUUCAUGUGAUAAAACUCGGGAUGGGACCGAAUUCUUGAUUCAGGAGGGACUGGAGAGUACCUGGUGUAUAAUUGUAUUUUUGAUCUUGUAUUUUUUCGGGAUGGCGAGUUCGUUGUGGUGGGUAAUUCUAACAGUCACUUGGUUCUUGGCAGCCGGGAGGAAGUGGGGCCAGGAAGCAAUAGAAGCACUCAGUAGCUACUUCCACCUAGCUGCUUGGGCCAUCCCUGCUAUCAAAACCAUUAUAAUACUAACAAUGCGUCGUGUGGACGGAGACGAACUGACCGGUCUCUGUUUCGUCGGCAACCAGGAUCCGGCCGCUUUAACAGGUUUCGUUCUUGCACCAUUAAUUGUAUAUUUAAUUACAGGAACCAUGUUUAUUUUAGCCGGAUUUGUAGCGUUAUUCCGUAUCCGAAACAAUCUGAAAAUGGACGGAAGUUCGAAUAUUAGAAAACUGGAAAAGUUGAUGGCCAAAAUUGGUGUUUUCUCUGUACUUUAUACGGUGCCAGCGACGUGCGUGAUCGGAUGUUAUUUCUAUGAAAGAGUACAUUUUCCCAUCUGGACUCAACAGUCAAUGGACACACCAUGUCGUGUGUCAAAAAACCACAAAGACUGCACACUGGACAAAUCCAUACCCACAGUGGAAGUUUAUAUGUUGAAAAUUUUCAUGUCCCUCGUGGUCGGAAUCACGAGUGGGAUGUGGAUUUGGAGUUCUAAAACUGCAAAGUCUUGGAGUAACUUCUGUUCACGGAGAUUUACAAGACGGAAGUCCAACUUUAAUGGUGCGGGAACUGCAGGGUACCACCAGGCACCCGUCAUAGUGAUGAAAUCACAGCACGGCCAAAAAUACGUACCCAAACCUAGCGGGUCACGGGUGUAACGGGCGAAUAGGGGUUCAAUGUGUGAUAUACCUGUGUAUAAAUGUGAGGGAAAUGCUGCUUUUAAUGAGUGUGUAUCAUACAGGUGCGACUGUGAAAUUGGCGGAAUAUUAUUGAUUGUCUUUCAGUUAUUAUUAAUAUUGCAAGUCGAGUGGAUUUACAAUACAGUUCAACAAGCGUAUGUUAUUUUUCAGGUUUAUAACUUACAGCGUCACAUAUUAAUUAAGAUAGGUGAAACAAAGGCUACAAAUGAAAGUAUGUUACAUAUGACUUCACAAUACGUGCUAAAUUUUAACAUAGUUACGGUACUAACGUAUUUCGUCCUGGUAUUACGGUAACUCUGGGUAGAGGACUGGAUUAAUUACGCUGUUUAUGGCGGUCACAUUUCGUUAUUUUGAGUGCCACAAGGUCGAGUUGGCAAAGGGAAUUCUAGCUUUAUGGCUACCCAUCAACCACUCUACUAAUAGGGGUUUAAUAUUUCAACGUGGAAUCUGUGUUGUGUGUGUGAUUACCUAGGGUCACAAUACAAUGUUGUUGUAUAACAUUACACAGAGCUAUCAUGUAUACGCUACAUCAGUACUAUAGUGCAACAGAGCAGUGUUAUUGUCGUCACGUCUCGAACAGGGACACCAGAUAGGCCCUCGUUCUACACGGCCUAAUGGUGUAAUCGUCCUGUAAAGCCCACGCUUUGUCUCUAUCUUUUGUCCCGAUAGGCGGAGUUCCACCAAUUUUCUCUCUUUUUAUUUUUUCAAAAGGAUAAUUUCACUCGAUCUUCAGGUAGCUCGGUAUAUAAGCUUCAAAACGUUUCAGGUGUUCUUUCAACUUAAAAUUAAAACCUCGUCCAAGUAAUGUUUUAUAAAAAAAACUUGAACAGAUACAACAUUGUUAAACUUUUUAUUUCCGUCGGUCAUAAAUUUCCCAUCUCGAUUUGAGAUGAUAUUCAUGA